CGCGUUCGCUCUUUCCCUCUACAGCAACGUACUCUCUUCUCUUCCCUUUUCUCCUCUCUUCUCUCUCUCUCUCUCUCUCUCUCUCUCCCUCUCUCUCUCUCGCUCUCUCUCUCAGUGCCUACAGUGCGUUUCCGUGUGCGCACCCACAGAACUGGAGUUUAUUUUCUCAGUAAAGACGGCAAAAUGCGGGAUGUGACCCACUGGGAUCUCUGCUUCAGGUCCUAAGCUGACUGCUCAUUAGAGUAUCUUCAUGUAUGAUCACACACCAUUCCCUGUGUCCAGUUCAUGGCUUUCCUGUGCCUCUGACACUCCCUCAUAAACCAUUAAACUGCUCGCCUGCUCCCGCUUUAUCUCUGUGUAACCAUGUCAUCUGCAGUUCGAGCGCUGUUGCUUGUGCUGCUAGGAGCCGGAGUCCUGCUGUCCAGUGGCGACUCCCCACGCCGAGAAAUUAAGAUAGACGGAGACUUGGUUUUGGGAGGCCUCUUUCCCAUACAUGAGAAGGGCCUGGGCAUGGAUGAGUGUGGGCGCAUCAAUGAGGACCGGGGCAUUCAGCGUUUAGAAGCCAUGCUCUUUGCCAUAGACCAGAUCAACCGAGACUUUAGUCUGCUGCCCGGCGUCUCACUGGGUGUCCACAUCCUGGACACGUGCUCCAGGGACACAUACGCACUAGAGCAAGCACUUGAGUUUGUCAGAGCAUCACUAACCAAGGUGGACGACACCGAGUUUAUGUGUCCUGAUGGCUCGUAUGCAUUUCAGGAGGACAGCCCUUUGGCUAUUGCUGGAGUCAUUGGUGGUUCCUAUAGCAGCGUCUCCAUACAGGUUGCAAACUUGUUGCGCUUGUUCCAGAUCCCUCAGAUAAGCUACGCUUCUACGAGUGCCAAGUUGAGUGACAAAUCACGCUACGACUAUUUUGCUCGCACUGUCCCUCCGGAUUUCUACCAAGCAAAGGCCAUGGCUGAGAUCCUACGUGCCUUCAACUGGACAUAUGUCUCUACGGUGGCAUCUGAAGGUGAUUACGGCGAGACAGGAAUCGAGGCCUUUGAGCAGGAGGCACGUUUGCGCAACAUAUGCAUUGCUACAUCAGAAAAGGUGGGUCGCUCUAACGCAAAGCGCUCGUCAUAUGAAGCGGUAGUGCGCCAGCUUCUUCAGAAGCCUAACGCCCGUGUGGUCGUGCUGUUCCUGCGCAGUGAUGAUGCCCGAGAGCUGUUGGGUGCCGCUACCCGCCUCAACGCCUCCUUCCUCUGGGUGGCUAGCGAUGGCUGGGGGGCGCAGGAGAGCAUCAUCAAAGGAAAUGAGAUCACAGCAGAUGGCGCGAUCACAUUAGAACUCGCAGCACAUCCCAUACGCGAGUUCAACCGCUACUUCCAAAGCCUCAGUCCUCUUAACAAUCACCGGAACCCGUGGUACAAAGACUUCUGGGAACAGAAGUUCCAAUGCUCUUUGAGCACAACCUCACAUGCAGGGGCAGGAACUGUGAAACCACCAUGUGACCCAAAUCUGGCGGUGGAUGAUUCGAACUUCGAGCCGGAGUCCAAGAUCAUGUUUGUUGUAAAUGCAGUGUAUGCUAUGGCACAUGCAUUACACCGUAUGCAGAGGACACUGUGCGCUAACACCACACGCCUGUGUGAGGCCAUGCGCAGUCUCGAUGGCAAAAGGCUGUACCGGGAUUUCCUGCUUCAUGUCAACUUCAGAGCUCCAUUCUCCCCUCCUGGCUCAGAAAACAUGGUAAAGUUUGACCAAUAUGGAGAUGGCAUGGGCCGUUACAACAUUUUCAACUACCAACGAAUGCCAGGUAGCGACCGGUUUGGCUACAUACAUGUUGGGGAAUGGGCAGAAACACUGUCUCUUAACGAGUACCUGAUUGGCUGGCCACGUGGAACAAGUGUUCCCACCUCACAAUGCAGUGACCCAUGUGCUCCAAAUGAGAUGAAGAAGAUGCAAGCAGGCGAGUACUGCUGCUGGAUCUGCACCCCUUGCGAGCCCUAUGAAUAUCUGCCAGAUGAAUUCACUUGUGCACCCUGUGCCCUGGGCCAAUGGCCUCGGGCAGACCUGAGUGGUUGCUAUGAUUUGCCUGAGGACUACAUCAUGUGGGAGGAUGCCUGGGCUAUUGGGCCCGUCUCCAUUGCUUGUGUGGGCUUUAUUUGUACUUCACUGGUCUUCGCUGUUUUUAUCCGCCAUAACGAAACACCACUGGUCAAGGCCUCUGGCCGAGAGCUGUGCUACAUCCUGCUUCUUGGAGUCCUCAUGUCCUACUCCAUGACUUUCGUCUUUAUCGCCAAGCCCUCACCAGCCGUGUGUGCACUCCGGCGUCUCGGCCUUGGAACUUCGUUUGCAGUCUGCUACUCAGCAUUGCUGACAAAGACCAACCGCAUCGCCCGGAUAUUCAACGGAGUGAAAGACGGUGGUGUACAGAGGCCACGUUUUAUCAGCCCUAGUUCACAGGUCUUCAUCUGCCUGGCACUCAUCUCUGUCCAGCUUCUGCUUGUGUCCAUGUGGCUGUUGCUGGAGGUGCCUGGCACUCGGCGCUUCACACUGCCUGAGAAGCGUCAAACGGUCAUACUCAAAUGCAAUGUACGGGAUUCCAGCAUGCUGUUGUCACUCAGCUACGAUGUUGUUCUGGUGGUGCUCUGCACUGUCUAUGCCUUCAAGACCCGGAAGUGCCCUGAGAACUUCAACGAGGCCAAGUUCAUCGGUUUCACCAUGUAUACCACAUGCAUCAUCUGGCUUGCCUUCCUGCCCAUCUUCUAUGUCACAUCUAGUGACUACAGGGUUCAGACCACUACUAUGUGUAUAUCGGUGAGUCUCAGUGGUUUUGUGGUCCUGGGCUGCAUGUUUGCACCUAAAGUCCACAUCAUCAUGUUCCAACCCCAGAAGAACGUAACCAGUCACCGGCUCAACCUCAACCGCUUCAGCGUCAGUGGUCCGCCUGCUACCUACGCGUCACACGGUGAGGAGCCAUCAAAGACUUCUGUUGCACAUCUGUGAGUGGCCAUGGAGUUCCGACGGUGUGUAACGGCAGAGAGAUCGUCGACUCCACCACUUCCUCUCUGUGACCCCUCGUCAGCGUAUUGCUCUUUAGCGACUGUUAGCCAAUCAGCACACAUUGUGCUCCAUCCAAGAACUCCUCCUGUCAACAGUGUGUAGAAAGUGUGUAUUAUUAUUACUAUUAUUAUUAUUAUUAAAUUAUUUUCUAGGGCUUGUACAUAUUAACUUGAAAUUGUUGUAGAGAUACAGAGGAGCAAAAAAAAAACCUAUAAAACAUUUCUAGGGUGAUUUUGGAGACCUUUUGGGUUGUUUUUGUUUUUUGUUUUUUUGAUAGCUUUAUUAUGUUGUAAAAACAAUGAUAAAAUGUUUCCCCAUUGGACUAUGUUGAAUUUAUUACUGAAGGGAAAGUGCUGAGUGGCUAUGCCUGCAAUACUGGACAAAACUGGUCAUUUUCUUUUGUAGGCCUCAUUGUAACAAUCUAUUCUGUAUGUAUUUCUAUGUUGUAUAUUUUGUAAAUAAUCUUACUGAUGGGUUUUAACCGCACAAGGUGAUAGUAUUAUAGGAGUAAAGUCGAUGUCGGGAGUGUACAGAGUGGCUGACCAGAGGAUGGAAGUCUCACAGUCCUUUUAGUAAGCUUUCAUAUCGUCCGCUAGUGCUUUUCAUAAACUGCUUCUCACAAAGCAUGCACAAAGUGCUUUUGAUUGUUAAACCUUUAGAAACCUGUGGUAUUUCUGCAAUGCAUAAAGUGCUUGGUGAGACAGGAGUGAGUGUAAACGGUGAUCCGGUGUUUAAUGGCUCUUUGUGCCUUAUCAUGUGUUCAGUAGUUUGAUAUAAAAGCUUCCUCUAAACCUUUAGGGGAUGCUGAGCCACUUUUUUACAUGUGUAUUAUUUUUUACAUCUGAGUGUUUUAUACAUUUCUACAUUUUGAAGGCGCAGGGGGGGGGGGGGGGUACACGGGUUGAAAUGUCUAGUCAUAUCACUGGACUCGGGUCUGUGUUUUUAAUCUUGCUUUGCCUGGCAGUCAUCUCACGUGAAGGUUUACUCUAGUGUCAAGUCUUAGUACAUUUUAAGUCUUACAAGUUUAGAAAAUGGAAGGUUAUGAUGUUUGGGGCAAACAGACGCAGCACUGAUGUAGACGUUCAUCAGGCAUUCGUGAUUUACUGCUGUGAAAAUAAGCACAAACAAUAUAAUAGUAUGGAACGUUAAAGUAAAAAGAGUCCAGGUACAUAGAAUUAUUUGCACCAAAAUUGUGCAUGCCUAAAAGAUUGGGGUGUAACUAUGUAAUCAAACCUGCACUGGAGGCCAUAUUCUUUCAUUAAUCCUUAGUAACUGCCCAGUCAGUGUUGCUGUGGUUUAUCUUAGCUUACUAGCUUGUAAAAAACCUCUCUAGGUGCAACCUCUUUAGCUUCUAGCCAGGUUUGCUAACAAGUAGUCAUCUCUGAUCAUUAAUAUGUAGUUAAAAUGAAAAAAAAAAAAAAAAAAGAA